AUGUCCGGAUGUAUCAGAAUCAGUUUGGUCCUGCUGGUUGGAGUCGCUCGUUUCGUCCUGGCGGUGUCCACGGUGGAGCGCAAUCAGGGAUUCAAUUUUCCCCAGGACGGAGCCAACCCAACCAAUGACCUCACGCGACAAGCCACAAACGUGAGCAGUGGUAUCACGAGCGGAGUUCUCACGGGAGUCGUACCAUUGCAAACAGGCGUUCUACCAAAUAUUGUUAACCCAGGCAUAACUGGCCAGACGUGCAUUUGCGUGCCUACGGGACGCUGUAAUGCAACGAGCACGGGUGGAACUACGGACGGUGCCGGCCAGCUGGACGUGAGAAUCGUAUCGAACCCAAGUGCUAAUACUGGCGUCACGCUUGGUAGCACGGCAACGACGACGACUUCCGGUGCACCCGCGUCGAUCAUUGCGGUCAACAUCGUGUCCCCUGCGACCUGUGUGGCCGGGCUGGAGCGCUGCUGCAUGGCCGGAAGCUAUCAGUGCGGUCUACAGUACCCUCCGGUGGCAAACGCUCCCGUGGUCACAGCCAACCAAGCCAGCUACGGAAAGUACCCGUGGCAAGCGGUGCUACUAGGACCUGGUGACGUAUACGUCGGAUCGGGAGUACUGAUCGAUAGCAUAAACGUCCUUACAGCGGCACACAAGAUCUCCGAGUACACUACGGGCAGCCGGACGCUGAAGGUGCGCCUUGGUGAAUGGGACGCAGCGUCAACGUCCGAACCGUUACCCGUCCAGGAGUACACGGUGACACGGUACUACGUUCAUCCGAGCUUCAAUUCGGCCAACCUGCGCAACGACAUCGCCAUUCUGCGGCUGUCCGGAACGGUCAAUCUCGGUACGACUCCGACGAUCGCAACCGCCUGUCUGCCUGUGACCUCCUUCACCGGCAGCCGCUGCUGGGUGUCUGGUUGGGGAAAGAACGACUUCGUCAGUGGUGCCUUCCAGUCGAUCCCGAAGGAGGUGGAUGUACCGGUGGUGUCCUCGGACAGUUGCCAAUCCGCACUGCGAACUACGCGCCUUGGCGGGAGCUUUGUGCUCGACACCACGAGCUUUAUGUGCGCCGGAGGAGAGCUGGGCAAGGACGCUUGCACCGGUGAUGGUGGUUCACCGCUCGUAUGUGCCCUCGGUGGACGGUGGUAUGUGGCCGGUUUGGUCGCAUGGGGUAUCGGUUGCGGUGCCAAUGGCAUUCCAGGUGUUUACGUUAACGUUGCAUCGUACAUCACGUGGAUCACGAGCACAAUUGCUACCGCUUAG